CGUCUCUCCUGCCUGGCACUCUUUGUCCGGCGGCGACAGUAGGCCGUGAUUAAUAUGGCAAAAUGUGCGUGUUUGUAUGAAUUAUUAUUUUAAACUGUACCACAACAGAAACCAUAUACCGUGCGAGGACUGGUAUAUCGGCAAUGACACACUGGAGAGGUUCAUAUUAACGACUACAGAGCAAGCAACGGAGAAAGGGUAUAGUUUGCGUCCCAAUAAUGCUAACAGGCUAGCUAGCUAACGUUAAUCAACAUUUUAUUAACUAGAGACCAGUUAUUUUGUGCCGCUUGCUAUGACAGAAGCGACAUUUGUAAAUUAACCUAAUUGAAUGUAGAUUAUUCAUUGUUAUAAAUCAUAAUCUACAUGUAAUCUAUAAAAAACAUAGCUAGCUAACGACUGUUACCCAAAUGUGAUAGCUAACGUUGCUAUCCAGCUAGCUAGCUUAAUUGCUAACGUUACACAUCUGUAAGUGAUCAUUUUUAGAGGGAGGAGGGGGAGUGUUCAGUUUCAUUCAGCCCGGCUCUUCAUCUUGUGCAAGCUGACUGCUGAAAUUAACCCUGGCUAGCCACAGUUUUUGAGCAAGUGUGCUGGCCAGCAAACCCCGUGACAGUCAAAGCGUGGGGAACAAGAUAUCCAGCUGUAAUUGCAAGGGAAGACACACAUUACUUAUCUAUCGAUAGAAACUGUCCUCAAGUCCAAAGACUGUUUAUGACUCCACUUGCUAGUAUUGAUCUGGUCCAAAUUCUCAAGACUAUUCUUCAUUUUACAUUUUUCUUACAUGAUAUGAACGGUGACAUUGCACUGCACGGACAGUCAUAUUAAUGGCUGCCGAAUCGGGGAGACUCCUGGCGGGACAAGGCCAAGGAAAGCGAGGCAAAGGUAGGCAUAUGAUCAUUUAUCCAUUCAUCCAUCCCGUCAGUCUCAGAUCAGAACUAACCAUUAGUUACCACCUCUACAAAUGCAAGUGUCUACAGGACUGUAGUCAGUUGUUCUGUCACAUAGUUUAUGUCCUGUUACUCGCAUGUCUUGCGUUCUGGUAAAUGGCCUGGUGUUAACUUAAUUUCUACGUUCUCAUGAUGUGUCCAUUAUUUUCCUCUCUGUGUCUCAUAAUCAACCAAACCUGCCAUUGCCUCUCUCUCUCUGCUUGGUUAUUCAACACUGAAAUCAAAUAAAAGUUUAUUGGUCGCGGGUGACGCGAAAUGCUUAUGUUUCUAGCAAUCUAUACAUAUUUACACUGGAUGGAUUUACACAAGAGAUACUAAGAAUGGUAUGUACAGCAGUAUAUACUGUAUAUUAGAAUGAGCUAUGUCAAUAAUCCAGUAUAUAAAUAAAUAUGAGGUCGGUAUAAACAGUGUAACUAAAAUGCAAUGUACAGUAGUAGAAGUAUUAGAAUGAACUAUGUUGAGAAUCCAGUAUGUAAAUACACAGUGUGAAACAGAAAGUGUCAAGUGGUUUUAUUUAUUUUUAUUUUAUUGAACCUUUAACUAGGCAAGUCAGUUAAGAACAAAUUCUUAUUAACAAUGAUGGCCUACCAAAAUGCCGCCUGCGGGGACGGGGGCUGGGAUUAAAAAUAUAGGACAAAACACACAACACCACAAGAGACACCACAACACUGCAUAAAGAGAGACCUAAGACAACAACAUAGCAUGGCAGCAACACAUGACAACACAGCAUGGUAGCAACACCAUAUGACAACAACAUGUCUCUAUAACAUGGGACAGCAGCGUUGGCUGUGUGUGUUUGUGAGUAUGAGGUGUGAGUGUGCAUCACCUGGUAGAUGGCUAGUGAUGGCUGUUCAACAGUCUGAUGGCCUGGUAAUAGAAGCUGUUUUUAUUCUCUCUGUCUUUGCUCUGAUGCACCUGUACUGACUCCGUCUGUCCGAAGGUAGCCGAGUGAACAGUCUGUGGCUUGGGUGACUGUGGUCAGGAAUGUUGUCUCUGUCCACUCCUUGUUUCUGGACUUUGAUUUGUAGAUCUGGGUUCUGUCUUACAAUGCAAGACUGUACAUGUGUAUCUAUUGCAGUGUCAACAUGGUUAAUCUUCACACUACUUACUCCAAACCCACCCUCACAAAAAGCAUUUCUUAGGGAAUGAGGAUUAGAUGUUGGUAGAAAAAUAGACAAUGUGUAUGUUCAUCUGUAAACCGGAAAGAUACUGCUAGAAUGUCCCUCUUAUCUCUCCUGUUCUCCUUCCACGCUUUAGGUGGACAGAUGAAGAGCCCAGAGAAGAAGAAGAGGAAAUCCAAUGCUCAGGUAACGACUGCCUUGGCGAUUCUGAUCUGAAGACAUUCCUCCAUAAUGUAAACAUGUUCACCGUCUUUGACUGGUGGCCUCGUCUGGGAAGGUUUUACUCGUUGUGUUCAUUUUUUCUUGUGCUGGUCUUGUUAUGAUGGUUACACAUUUAAACAUGAUCCAAACUCAUCAAGUUAACAUUUUAGUGGUAACAUAGUUGACGACUUGUUACAUCGAUCAGUGGUUUCACUAGUUUACUAUUCAACCAUUCUAUACUACCUGUAGCUUCUCUGCUCUUACCAAACUCACCUCGUUCAAUCUCAAUAAUCCAUUAUCUCUUGCCUCUACUCAUCGUGUGUUUCAGGGCCCUGGUGGCGCGUUCUCCCACCUCUCUGAGUUUGCACCCCCUCCCACCCCCAUGGUGGACCACCUGGUUGCCUCCAACCCUUUUGACGAUGACUUUGGCCCCCCAUCACUGCCGUCCCGACCCGGUGGGGCUGGAGGUCCAGGAGGGGGUCCCUUCAUCCCCAGCCCCGGGGCAGGUGGAGGAGGAGUGCCGUAUGGGGGUGGAGGCAGGAUGGGCCCCGGGGGCAUGGGCUUCAUGGGGGGUCCCGGAGGACCCGUUGGAGGUCCAGGACGGAGACCGCCCUUUGGCCCAGGACCACCCAACGCAGGUCCGCACCACCAGCUGGGCUUUGGGGGGAUGCCUGGCUUCGGGGGUGGAGGUGGCGGAGGAGGUUUCCCGGGACCUGGAGGUCCGUCGCAAUUUAACAUGCCCCCCAAUUUCAGUCCGCCCAUGCACCCUGGACCGGCGUUCAACCCCAUGCUGUCCCCUGGUGGUAUGGGGGGUCCUGGAGGAGGGGGGCCACCGCACCCUCGGUUUGGGAUACCCCCGCAGCAACAGCACGGACAGGGUGGGCACCCCUUCAACAGCCCCCCUUUGACCGGUGGCGGAGGCCCCAGGGGACCCCUCCAUGGCCCCAUGAACCCCAUGGGGGGCAUGCCUGGAGGGAUGAACAUGAUGGGGGGCAUGGGAGGUGGCCCAGGAGGAAACAUGGGAGGGAUGCCAGGUCUACCCCCUCAAGGACAGUUCCCUCCUUCACAAGAUGGGCCCUACCCAGGCCCCAGCCCCCCGGGCCCAGGAAACGAGGAGGGGAAGAACUUUGGCGGCGGUGGGCCCCAGUCUGGGCCUCCUCAGCAGCAGCAGCCUAACUUAAACUCCUCUGGUCCCCCGGGUCCCAACAACACUCCCCCCGGGCCUCCCAACUCUGGCCCUCCCCAGCCUGGAGGAGGCUUCCCUGGCCACCCUGACCAGCAUCCCAACCCCAACACACCCGGACAGCCCCCCUCAGCACCGCCCCAGCCCAACCCUAACUCCUCCCCCACCGGCCCCCUCAACGGAUCCCAGCCUCAGCAGCUGCUGCCCAAUCAGCUGCAGGGGCCCAAUUCUGCCAACACCCCCUCUUCCAAUAACCCGUCCCAGCAGCAGUCUACUCUGCCCAAUUCUGCCCCCGGCUCCACCCCUUACAACCAGCAGAACAACGCUCCUGGUGGAGGCCCCAUGCCCAAUGCUCCCUCCAAUUCUGCCCAGAACAACAUGACCAACAACAGUGGGGGCAACACCCCCGGCAGCAACCCUUAACCCCCCUUCCAACUCCACCCCCAACACCCAGUCUCCGCUGCCCCCCGGCCCGGCCAACACCUCCACGGGCCCAGGCGCCGGUCCAGGAAAGCUGGGGGGCCCAGGCAUGGUGUUCCCCUGCGGUUUCUGCCUGUCGGAGGUGCACGACGACCAGGAUGCCAUCUUGUGUGAGGCUUCGUGUCAGCGCUGGUUCCACCGUGACUGCACGGGUCUGACUGAGCCGGCCUACGGGCUGCUGACCCGGGAGAGCUCUGCCGUCUGGGCCUGCGACUUCUGCCUCAAAACCAAGGAGAUCCAGGCUGUGUACGUCCGCCAGGGCCUGGGCCAGCUGGUGGCUGCCAACGAAGGCUGA